AUGGGACAUGUUGUGGACAUAGGGAAGCCGGUAAACUACACAGGCGGGCUCGAGUUCACGAACCUAACAUACUCAGUAACAAAGAGGAUAAAAGAUGAAGAUGGGAAAUGGUUAAGUCAAGAAGUAGACUUAUUGCAUCAAAUAACAGGAUAUGCACCAAAAGGUUGUAUUACAGCAGUUAUGGGACCAAGUGGUGCAGGAAAAUCUACACUUUUAGAUGGAUUGGCUGGUAGAAUUGCGAGUGGAAGUCUUAAGGGUAAAGUUUCAAUGGGUGGAGUUGAUAUGAGUCCAAGUUUGAUCAAACGAAGUUCAGCUUAUAUAAUGCAAGAAGAUAGACUUUUUCCUAUGCUUACUGUUUAUGAAACAUUCAUGUUUGCUGCUGAUUUUAGGUUGGGAUCACUCUCAUUGUCCGAAAAACAGGAUAGUGUUGAGAAGCUAAUCGAGCAACUUGGAUUAUCUUCAACUAGAAACACUUACAUAGGUGAUGAAGGGACGCGAGGAGUAUCUGGUGGAGAACGUCGUAGGGUGUCAAUCGGGGUGGACAUUAUACAUGGACCUUCAUUGUUAUUCUUGGAUGAGCCAACUUCAGGUCUUGAUUCGACUAGCGCUCAUAGUGUAAUUGAGAAAGUGCACGAUAUAGCCCGAGCUGGAAGCACAGUGAUACUAACAAUUCAUCAACCUUCAUACCGUAUUCAAUUGCUUCUUGAUCAUCUCAUCAUCCUGGCUCGCGGACAGCUCAUGUAUCAGGGAGCGCCAAAUGAUGUAUCUCUCCAUCUUGUCAGGAUGGGGCGCAAAGUGCCUAAGAACGAAAGCUCGAUAGAACACCUGAUUGAUGUAAUUCAGGAAUAUGAUCAAUCCGAGUUUGGAGUAGAAGCAGUAGCUACAUUUGCACUUACAGGUAUGAAACCUCCACCGAUAGGUGCAGCACACGAGAUGUCAGCUUCCACUAUGGCAGCUCCAUCACCUGCCCGGCCAUCACACCGUGCUAAACAUCAGGCCGUGGAGGCACAGGGUCGUGACAAGGCGAGCAAACGUCUUCGCUUGCUAAUCAGUGGUCAAGAUGACAGAGAAUUUGAUAACAGUGUGAGGAGUCCCUGGAAUACAUCUAAGUCCUGGACUGCCAGCCAAAGUGGUGUUCUAAAAUCUCUAGCAUUUUCACCAGCUCGGCGCAAUCAUCCGAAAAGCCCAAGUAUUAUGGGUUCUUCUCCAGGAUGCUACGCCUUUUCUGCAGAGAUAGUUCAAGGUACUCCAACUCCUCACAGUAGUGACUACACUGUCAAUGAAAAUGACUAUUUAACACCCAAUGAUCUUACACCCCAUACCAAUCAUUCUAUCCAUGAUCUCGGGCCAAAGUUUGUGAAUUCCUUCUUCUCAGAGACAUGGAUUCUAAUGAGACGCAACUUUAUAAACAUCAUGCGUACCCCUGAACUAUUCCUCUCUAGGCUCGUCGUGCUAACAGCUAUGGGAAUUAUGAUGGCCACUAUGUUUUUGCAUCCUAAAGACAACAUUCAAGGGAUCACAAGUCGCCUCAGUUUCUUCAUCUUUACUUGCACCCUCUUUUUCUUCUCGUCCAAUGAUGCUGUUCCUGCUUUCAUUCAAGAACGAUUUGUCUUCAUUCGCGAGACUUCUCACAAUAAGUAUAGGGCCUCUUCUUACACUAUUGCAGGUCUAGUUACUUACCUUCCAUUCCUAGCUCUCCAGGCCGCAGUUUAUGCUGUGAUUGUUUGGUUUGCUCUAUCGCUACGAGGACCUUUCAUCUAUUUCUUGAUAGUUCUAUUCAUGUCAUUACUCUCCACGAAUUCAUUCGUUAUAUUCGUGAGCUCAGUGGUACCAAACUACAUACUAGGAUAUGCAGCUGUUAUUGCUUUCACCGCGCUUUUCUUCUUGUUUUGUGGCUAUUUCUUAAAUAGCCAUGACAUGCCACAAUACUGGAAAUGGAUGAAUUACAUUUCAACAAUGACUUAUCCAUAUGAAGGGCUACUAAUGAAUCAAUAUCAGACGAUAGAUUCGUUCGGAAAAGAUCCUCUAGGAAGAGAUGUAACAGGUUUUGGAAUCUUGAAAUCACUUAAUAUUUCACAAGAUUCAAGCAAGAAAUGGGAAAAAGUAUAUGUAAUGUUGGGAUGGGCUGUUUUUUACAGGGUUCUGUUUUAUAUUGUUCUUAGAUUCUUUUCAAAGAAUCAGAGGAAAUGA